AAAAAAGAGACAACCACAACAUAUUGUCCCUGCUUGCCAUUCAGUUCCCACGCCGCCGCCUCCGCCGCCGCGUGGUCGCCGGAACCCUAGGAGUCUGCGGCCGUCGCUAUGACCGGGACAUCUUGGAUAAUUGACAGCCAAAGAUUUGCUACCAAAAUAAAAAAUGCUUCUGGCUCUUUUGAUCCCAGUAAACAGAAAUGGAUAAGCAACCCAAGUAAGGAGUGCCCAAAGUGCAGCCAUGUCAUUGAUAACAGCGAUGUUGUUCACCAGUGGCCCGGUUUGCCUAAAGGUGUAAAAUUUGAUCCGUCUGACGAGGAAUUGCUUUGGCACUUGCUGGCAAAACAUGGCAAAGCUGGUGCAAAACCUCAUCCAUUCAUUGAUGAAUUUAUUCCAACAGUUGAGGAAAAUGAUGGCAUCUGCUACACUCAUCCACAGAAACUUCCAGGUGUCAAGCAAGAUGGACAUGUAUCGCACUUCUUCCACAGAACAUUUAAGGCCUAUAACACUGGGACUAGGAAGCGUCGAAAGAUAAAUACUGAUGAUCUUGCUGAUGUCCGUUGGCAUAAGACGGGCAAGACAAAGCCAGUAUUAGUUAGUGGGAAGCACCUCGGCUGUAAGAAAAUAAUGGUGCUGUAUAUUAGUACUGUGAAGGGUGGGAAGCCCGAGAAGACUAAUUGGGUGAUGCAUCAGUACCACCUAGGCACUGGAGAGGAUGAGAAAGAGGGUGAAUAUGCCGUCUCUAAAUUAUUUUUCCAGCAUAAAUCUGGGGAGAAGAAUGCACAAGAGUUAACCACCGGGGAUAGUGUGGAAGCUAUAGCUGCUGAAGCAGAUCUUCCUGAUUUCCCGUCAUUGCCCUCUGAAGAACAUAUUGGUACAAACCAAGAAGUUACCCAGAAUCCUAAAGAUAACCCUUACCAGGUGAAUGGAAACUGUGAAAUAAACAUUGAAGAGAAUGCUGCUGAAGAGAAUGUUGUCCUCCCACCCUCUGAAAAACCGGAGAAUGGAGAUAAUCCCCAAUCACAAGAUCUGAAACUGUGGGAAGGUGAUUCCCAGUUUGAGUUGUUAGACACUCAGCAGCUGGCAGAAGGCCUUGGUCUUGGUAUCUGUGAUGAGUUCCUCCUGAGUCAGUCUCAGACCUCAUGUGGUGAUGGAGAUGAACCCAAAACGAUAAAGCCUCGGUUGGCUGUUUAUGCCCAACUGCCACCAGAAGAUUUCAAGAAGGAUUUGGAAGAGUGUCAGAGGUUGGAGCCCUCGGAUAAUGCAAAUCCCGAGCUUGACAACACUAGUGAAUUUCGACUGAGUCAAAUCGAAUUUUCACAGGACAGCUUUAUGACAUGGGCUGGCGGCAAGAUGAUUGAUGACUGACGUUGGUCCAACGCACUGGAAGCACCGUUCUGUACAUGAAGAAACAACUGAUCCCUUUUGUGUGAGACGGCAGUGAAAUGUGCAGCGUCAACGGUGGUCAUCAACUGUGUGGUGACUGGUGAUGUAAUUAUUUUGUCACAAGAACCUAAACUGAACCUGACGGCUUGUGGGUGAAGUUGGGCUGGUAGCUUUUGCAUUGAGUUGCUCUCAUGCAUGUGAAUUGUGAAGUAUGUGAAAGGCAGAAAUGUCUCGUGCUGUACUCGGAUCGUUGUUCAGUGUGAAAUUAGCCUUUCUUGGUUGCAUGAGUUUGUAAAUUAUAAUUGUAACUUCCUUACUUCCUCA